GAAACAGCAAAGGACAUACAUUUUGGGAUAGCCUCCCAGUUAACACUGUUGGCGUUUUUAAAAAGGGACGGAGGAGACCCAAUAAUGGGUGUGUCACUGGAGCGAGUUCAGAACAAAUUUGCCUGUAUUAUUGGAGAACUCUGCAGUGAGCCGGUCAUCUUGUCCAAAUUUGCAAUAUGGCUGGACCUGAGACUGGCAGAGUACAAGGCCAAGGGAGCUAUAUCCUUAGAUUGCUCAGGGGAAAAUCCUGACCCAGGCUGGCUUAAAGGUCACGAAAAACCUGCCUGUGUUCGUGAAGAUCACUACCCAUAUGAUCAUCCUUUAAGCCGAUCCGCUGGAAAUGUUCACAUGUCUGGUUCAGGUUCCGUCUCUCGGACAGAUGACAGGAUUUAUGAUGUUGAUGACUCAUUGACUGAUGAUCGCUUGGAGCCAGACGUUGUUGUUGUAAAAGAGGAGUCGGACGUAGAGACCCCUGAGUUGUUCCCAGUGAGUUUACAUCGUGUUGAUCCAAGUCUGCCACGCAAAAGACACGGACCUGAACACACACCAGCAUCAUCAUAUCACACAUUCUCCCAAUCACCAGCAAAAGUGGGUCGUUUUUCAGAAACUUUGCCGUCCACAACAGAGGACGAAUCAGCCAAUCAGAGCUUGAUCUCUAUUAUCAGUAAGGCUAAAGACAAUGACCCUGUGACAAACAUGCACUUACCAUCAACCGUGAACUUUAAUCCUGAUCUACCUUCUGACCAAGGACUCGAGCCUGCUCAAUCUAUGGGAGAUAACUCUGUGUCAUUUUCACCGCAACAUUUAUCCACAUCAUCAACCCCCCAACAUAUAAACAUCUCUCCAUCAGCAUCAGUUGACGAUUCCAGCUCAUUCCAGAUGGCCUCACUCCAAUCGCUUGAUAGUGAACUGCCAUUUCCACAAAACUCGGGAUUUAGUCCAGCUCAGCCGAUGCUGUCUGGAAGCGGGCCUUCGCCUUCAUCCACCCGUGCAGACGUCAGGAAAGACACCCGUUUGAGAAUGUCCACGCUUGCUUUGCCCCCACAUCUCCACCGAGAGGUGGUUCGACGGAGGAUAUUGCAGGGAAUCGGGUUGAAGGACAAAAAUGAUCACGUGAUUCGGAACUUUAUCAGUGUUGUGACGGCACUGGAACGCUGGUGGUGGCAGACUCACGGAGAGAAGCGUCGCAUGGAAACGCUGACGCCCACAGAGCUGGACACGUAUCUGUGUGAGUUUUAUACAGUGCUGACAAAACCGUCCGGCGAAGACUACGAUCCCAAGUCAUUUAGGGCCUUUCCAACAACUCUCGACCGUUUCCUUAGAGAGAAAAACUAUCCAGUGUCCAUUCAGAAAUCUCCAUUGUUCUGUCGUUCACAGCUCGCGUAUCGAACCAGACUAAGGAAGUUAAAGGAAGCCGUGGAGCUUCGUUAGCGCGCCAUAAACUAGACAAUGUGCAGACACACUUCAGGGCCGGACUUAUACACCAACCUUCACCACAAGGAGCAUGACAUGUGUGAAUCUGGCUGAACUGUAAUAAGAAUUUCCUAAGCACAACAGACACAGGCAACAUUUGUUGUAGAAAAUAGGAUUUUUAGACCCCGGUGACAAAUGAUCCGGAAUAUCGGUUACCAGCUGAUGGGCAGCAUUUAUCCAUUCUUGAAGAUUCCAGCAGCGACAGACGGUCAUGGUAAUGCCCAUAAUUGUAGCAAAUCGUUUGUCGCUCUCAUUUUGUCUGUAUUUACAUAACAUAUCCAUCCACAUUGGCAGGUUGCUUAGAAGAUCCAGAUCGCCGCACACCAACGAAUCUUUGAUGGACUUGUUAGUUUCUAGAGCAGAAUUUUUGGAUCCAGUUUUCCAGAGUUCAGGAAUUAUGUUAUGGCAACCGUACACGAGAAAUUUCCGAGGAUUCUUUCUUGCCGGGGAAAUCAGGAAAUGCCACUGUGCGCUAGGAUGUAGUAGAAUGAAAUGACGGAAGACUUGAUAUGUUUGGUAUUGUACACUGUAAUGACUUAAAAGAACAAAUAUUCCACUUUUCCCGCGGUUGCCAUGUUUACCAGAUUCGUCAGUAUCUACCUAUCUACUACUGUGAAUAAAAAGAUGUUUCAAUUUGCUCUGUCAUGUAUUGGGUUCACCUGAACUCUUUCUGGAUUCAGGCAUGUGUUGUUGUUGCUCUGCCCAGUCGGCACUAGUCAAUUCCU